AUGCUGUCCCGUAGGAGAUGCUCCGUAGGAAGGGCGAAGGAAAUGGACGAUAGGAACAGUAGAGCUGCAAAGCAGAACAAUGUGCGAGUCAUGGCGAGAAAAACUGGCUUGGGAGUGGUGGUAGCGUCGGUCGGGGCUGAGUCAGGAGUUUGA